AACACCAAAUACAAUUCAAGUUGGAGGAAUGCAUAUUAAACCUGCAAAAGAUCUUCCAAAGGACCUUAAAACAAUUUUGGAUAAUUCAAAAGAAGGAGUUAUAUUCUUCAGUUUGGGAACAAAUGUUCAAGCCUCUGAAAUGCCAAAUGACAAGUUCAUUGCCUUUAUGAAAGCUUUCUCAAAACUGAAGCAAGAAGUACUGUGGAAAUGGGAUCAAGAUACUAUGGUUGGGAAGCCAAAUAAUGUACAUCUUGGGAAAUGGUUUCCCCAAAAUGAUAUUUUGGGACAUAAAAAUGUUGUGUUGUUUAUAUCACAUGGUGGCUUACUGAGUCUUCAAGAAGCUGUCUACCAUGGAGUUCCAGUUGUAGGAAUACCACUAUUUGGUGAUCAGAAAGUGAAUUUGAUUCGAGCUGAGGACAAAGGAUAUGCAGUUAAAUUACUAUUCCACAAUGUAACAGAAGAGUCAUUACUGUGGGCAAUCAAUGAAGUUUUAACUCAGCAAAAGUACCGGCAGCGUGCAGCAGAGCUGUCGCAACUGUUCCAUGACCAGCCCCAGCAGCCUCUGGAGCGCGCCAUCUUCUGGACUGAGUAUGUGUUGCGGCACGGUGGUGCAACACACUUGCGCAGUGCAGCACUGGACCUCUACUGGUGGCAGCUGGCAUUGCUUGAUGUUGCAGCAGCCGUUGCAGUCUGCAUGCUGGUACCAGUGUUGCUCUGCCUCUUUGUGGUUCGCAGGUGCCGCCGAAGGCAUGCUACACCAGAAGUCCGUGCCGAGUCAAAGAAAAAACGGUGAUGAUGUCAACGCUUUGAGACCACAAGGCACUGCAUACUGAGUUCAGUGGGAUAGAUCAGUUGCAUGCCACAUGACCUGACUUUCCCUUCACUGCAGUUGUGUAAAUAUAAUCAAAACAUAUUGUCUGUAUGCCUCACCAUGCUAAGAUAGCAAUUUUGUGACACAGUGUUACGCGCUGAGGAUGGAUUGGUAAGCUGGAUGUAAAACAUAAUAAAUAUUUUUAUCAAAA